AGUCGUUAUGGCGUCGCACCGAACGGGAAUGGGAUUUUUCAGUAGCUGCAUGUAUUGGAAUUUACCAGUCAUGUUCCAGGUUCUUUUGUAGUUAAAUAUACACAUGCAAAUGAAGGAAGAAGAUAAUAUACCGGGAACGGUCAAUGGCACCGUUAUGGAGCGAAAAAAAGGUGGUGUCGAAGAUAGCAGGGGGUUGUACGGACACACUGAUCUACGAAGCGGGAUCUAAUCAAGCUGCAGGUCGUGGCGACCGCAAUGGUACAGGAAACCGUGUCGGAACGGGGAUACGCGUUCUAAAGCGGAACAUGAAGAGGAAUGGGAGCAGAGGCUGUGUUACCAGGAAGACCCGCUUUGGAUCGCGGGAGCGGGACUGGCUGAAGGGGGAUGCCCAGCGGGGCUGUGUGUGUCUGUACGGGGGAACAGUUGACCCCCAGCCCCCAGCCUCGGGCCCACAGGCCUCCUCCACCCUCCAGGCAGACCUGCGGCUGGUGCUAUGCUCCACCACUACCACGGUGGAGGAGCUGUGUGCCCAGAGAGAAGUAGAGGGACUAUACCUGCAGCUCCAUGGAGACCUGCUCAGGAGGCUGGACCCCUCUGAGCGCCCUCUCCAGAUGGUGUAUGACUACCUGGCUGCUAUAGGCUACCAGGACCCUCUGCGGGUUCAGAGAGAGGCGGCCAACUCGGACCUCAGCUGCAUGAUCCGCUUCUACAGUGAGUGUCCAGUGAAUGCGGACCAGCAGGAGCGAACCCUGUUGACGGGAGUGUUCAGCGUCAGGAAGGGAAAGACCCAGCUGCACAAGUGGGCAGAGCGCCAGGUCCUCCUGUGUGGAACCUGUCUGAUUGUGGCCUCUGUCAAAGAUAGCCUGACGGGGAAGAUGCACAUCCUGCCCCUGGUGGGGGGAAAGGUGGAGGAGGUGAAAAGGAGACAGCACUGUCUGAUGUUCAGCUCAGCCGGACCUCAGGCCCAGACAUACUUUGUUAACUUCGACACACUGGCAGACUAUCAGAGGUGGCAUCGGCAGGCUUCAAAAGUGGUUUCUCAGACCAUCAGCCUGGUGGAUCUGUCAUGCUACAGUCUGGAGGAGGUGCCAGAGUACCUGUUCUACAGCCAGGACCUCACCCAUCUCAACCUCCGACACAACUUCAUGUCCCUGCAGGGCCCCGGAGGACUGCUCAACCUCCCCAGGUUUUCCCAGCUGAAGAGCCUGAACCUUUCACAUAACCGCCUGGGAGUGUUUCCAGAGUCUGUCUGUGAGAUCCUCACCCUGACAGAGCUCAACCUCUCCUGUAACGGCAUGAACACUGUCCCUGCACAGAUAGGCAACCUCCAGAGUCUGCAGACCCUGUCUCUGGAUGGGAAUCAGUUGAGCUUCCUUCCUGAGGAGCUUGGCGGCCUAGCUCAGCUCAGCAGCCUGGGGCUUUCCUUCAACAACUUCCCCCACAUCCCUGGUGUGCUGGAUAGGCUAAGUGGCAUGGACAAGUUAGCCAUGGCUGGGAACAGGGUGGAGACCCUGGAGCUGGGGAUCCUUGCCAGGAUGAGCCACCUCAAGAACAUCGACCUGCGGCUGAACGGUCUGCGCUGGGUGAAGAGUGAGGCCCUGGAGGCAGUGAAGCAGGUGACCCAGCUGGACCUGAGGGACAACCACUUGGCCACCCUGGAUCUGAGCUCCAUCUGCAGCCUGGAAACCUUGCACUGUCAGAGAAACCAGCUGAGGGCGCUAACGCUGAGUGGCUUCACCCUGCGCACGCUCCACGCCAGCAGCAACCGCCUGACCACAGUCAACAUCUACCCAGUACCCAACCAGCUGACACAGAUGGAUCUAUCACGGAACCUGCUGGAGUACCUUCCAGACUGGGUGUGUGACAGUAGAAAGGUGGAGGUGCUGGACGUUACACACAACUUCCUGUCUGAACUACCAGCCAGACUGCUCAGCAGCCUGAGUCUGAGGAAGCUGCUGGCUGGGAACAAUAGGCUCCAGAGACUGCCUGACCUACUUGACCACAUCCCCCUGGAAGUACUCGACCUCCAGCACAACAAGCUAGGCGAGCUCCCAGAGAGCCUCUUCUACAAGGCCUUAAACCUAAAGUACCUGAACGUGUCAGCUAAUGCCCUGGAGACAAUUCCCCCCAGCAGCCAUUCAGAGGAGAGUCUCAGCACCCUCCAGGAACUGUACCUGACGGGGAACAAACUGAAUGAGAACUGCGCUGCUCUGCUUGUGGGACACCAGAACCUCAGAGUCCUGCACAUAGCCUACAACCAGUUGCUUUCUUUCCCUGCCAGUAAACUGAGUAAACUAGAGCUGCUGGAGGAGCUGAAUCUGAGUGGCAACAAGCUGAAGACCAUCCCCUCCACUGUAUCCAGCUGUAAGAGGCUACACACCCUCAUAGCACACUCCAACCACAUCAGUGUGUUCCCCGAGAUCCUCAACCUGCCAGAGAUCAAGCUGGUGGACUUGAGCUGUAAUGAGCUGACUGAGAUCUUACUGCCAGACUCUCUAACGGCCACCCUGCACGAACUAGACCUGACUGGCAACUGCAGCCUCUUGCUGGAGCACAAAACACUCAACCUGUUCAGUCACAUCACCACCCUGAAGCUGGAUCAGAAGCCAGCCAUGGCCACCGGGGACUCCCUGGGCUCCUCCACCCUGUGGGACCACGGCUACUCUGAGAUGAGCGGGCAGAGGAACAAAUUGUGUGUGUCUGUGCUGGCAGUGGACCGCUUUGGGGAUAGUGUUGAGGCGGCCUAUGGCGUCUUCGACGGAGACCGCAAUGAGGAAGUUCCUCGUCUGUUGCAGUGCACCAUGGGAGAUGUGCUGUCGGAGGAGCUGCUGCAUUCCAGUGUGGACAGUGUGUACAUGAGCAACACCUUCCUCACCUCACACAGGAAACUGGGCAUGGCUGGUCAGAAGCUGGGUGCAUCUGCCCUGCUCUGCUACAUCCACCACGAGCCGUCGGAGCUGGGCAGCUACUUCAGCCUGACGGUGGCUAACGUGGGCAGCUGCCAGGCGGUGCUGUGUCGAGACGGCCAGCCCCUGCCCCUCUCCAAGGUCUUCAGCCUGGAGCAGAGCACCGAAGAGAUGGACAGGGUCAAACUCAGCAAGGCGAUCAUCACUGAGGAUAACAAAGUGAGUGGAGUGACAUGCUGCUCUCGCCUGCUGGGAUGCUCUUAUCUGUCUCCCUGGGUGCUGCCCAAGCCCUGGGUGCGCACUGAGCCCCUGUGUUCCCAAGAUGAGUUCCUGAUCCUGGGGAACCGGGCGCUGUUUGAGAGGGUGUCCUACCAGGAGGCUGUGUGCACCGUGCAGGCCGUGAGGGACCCCCGCGCAGCUGCCAAGAAGCUCUGCACGCUGGCCCAGAGCUACGGCUGCCGGGACAAUGUGGGGGCGGUGGUGGUGUCCCUGCACAUCGGGGAGGACAGCUGUACCUGUGAGCCCCCUCACGCCAGUACUGGUACUGAACCCCGGGGACCCCCUCCAACACCCCUCCCCGUCAGUGCUCCCCCAGGGGAGCAGGCCACGCCAUCCUCCAGCAGUGGCAUCGCUUCAGAGUUCAACAGCGAGACUUCGGCCUCGGAGGUGGGGAGUGAGGCGGGCUCCACGGCCUCUGACGAGCACCCCUCUGGCCCCACAGUCCGACCUGAGAGGCGCUGUAGUCUCCACCCUGCAGCCACGCUCUGUGCCCCCGCGGGACCCGGCUCAGCUGGAGUAGGGGGGCCCCACCCUGUCCUGUUCCAGCGCCAGCCCUCCUGUGCCACCUUCUCCAGUAACCAGUCUGACAACGGGCUGGACAGUGAUGACGAGGCUCCACUAGAGGGGGUCAUCUCCAAUGGGAGCAAGCUGGAGGUGGAGGUGGACAUCCACUGCUGUGCUUUCCAGAUCCGUUCUGGGCCAGCCGCGAGCCCAAAGGACCACAACCUGGACAAGACACGCUCAGACUACCCCAACGGAAAGAUGCGUCGUCAGAACAGCGUGGUGGUGUCAGCCACUAAUGGCUGCCUGCUGGCUGUGUGUGGCAGAGAGAUCUCCGACCUAAAGAAGUCCCCCUCCACCUCCAGCCUCUUUGGGAAGAAGCUUUCCAAUGGCUCCGUGGUGGCCCCGGAAGAUAGCCACAACCUCAUCGAGGUAGCCCUGGAAGCCCCAAAGAAGAAGUCGGGUUACUUCACUGCCCCUGCCCAGCAGGACCCCGAGGACCAGCUGGUAGUGCCUCCCAGUCUAGAGCAUGAUGUUAGGGAACAGCUGAGGGGCCAGAGCCCUAUGGUCCCAGGACCUCCACCCCCUUUCACACCCCCCCUCCAUCAGAGACCCUGUGUGGGACCACCCCCACCCCCCUGCUCCCAUGCUGCCCCAGCGGGACCUCGCCCCUAACCCUAUCCCUGCCCUACAGCAGGAAGUCUAUGAUACUGCCCUCUAGAGGGGGCCAGAGCACAGCGCCACCCUGUGGUAGUCCUGUGACAGUGCCAUACCAGGGGGGGCAGAGGAGGUCUCUCUGGCACAGGUGGGAUAUUCCAGUUCAAGAUUCCAUUCAGCUCUGUUAUGAAGACCAGAUGGACAUGUGGGGCCUUGACUGUUCACACAUGAAUGCGUUACGUCACGUUAGACGUAGAGAGGUACUUAGCGAACUGUCUGAAGAACCUGGUGGAACUGUCUGAGUAUCAGAGCUGAACAGGCACUGAAGUCACCAACCAUGAAAAUAGGUUGUGAAAAGAAGGGGGCCACCGGAGGCCAAAAUACCCCAGCCUGAACUAGAAUACCUCAUGUGUUUUAGACUGCAGAACUUGUUUGCAACGUUUCCCUUUACUUGGAAGGAAGGUCAAAUAGUGAAAUGGUAGAAUAAUCCAUUUGAGUGUGUUAUCAUUCCAUUGCUGGGGGCUGCAGGGGCUCCAAGAUCCCAGGGACAAGUCCUGUGACCAAAAGGUGAAAAAGUGCCUACUGUAGAUGACUCAGCCCCAGAUGUCCCUGCCUCCUUGCCUGUGUGUGUAUGGAGGGGGGAGGGGACACACAUCAGUAUUAACCCUGGAAUAGGACAUCACUGUGUGACAGCGUCCUCCAGGGGCCACCAAUGGUACAGCCACUUCUCGCGCUCUCUCUUUCUGUCUGUCUGUCUGUCUGUCUGUCUGUCUGUCUGUCUGUCUGUCUGUCUGUCUGUCUGUCUGUCUGUCUGUCUGUCUGUCUGUCUGUCUGU